AUGAGAUAAUCAAGAGGAAGGAAAAUUGAUACUUCCAAUUCAGAAUCUGAAAUAUAUUAAAAUUUAGGGCCAAUUCUAAAUAAACCAGGAAAUGUUCAAAAAUAAUAAAAUGGAAAGAAUUAAGGUAAACCAAAAAGUCAAACAUAAAAGAAAUCAUAAACUAAUCUAAAAAAUCAAGAAAAUAAGUUGACAAAAAAAAUGAAAGAAUAUGAGAAAUAAAUCUAAGAAUUACGAUAGUAAUUGUAAGAUGAUUAAGCAAAUUAAUAAUAUAUUGAUAGUUUCAAUACUACAAAGUAAAUAUUCAAAUUAUUAAAUUCAGAGAGUAAUAUGAUAAACUCAUAUAGACAUAUGAAGAGACAAUACAUUAACUUAAAUAGACAGAACUAAAUUUAUUAGAAGAAUUACAAGGACAGAGUGAAAUAGCAAAAGAUGCUUUAAAUAAAUUAUAUCAAUAUUAAUAGGAAUACAAUGGUGAGCAAGAAGAAUUAAGAUAAUAUUAUGAAUGUAUAUAUUAUAAACUAUUGAGAAAUGAUAAAAGAUAAAGAGAAGGAAUUAACAUAGAAGUAUGAAAUAUAAUUGUAGUAAUUGGAAAUGAUGAAUUAGAGUUAAAGAAUAUCGGAACCUAAAUUUGCUUAAGAACUUUAAAAGAAAUUAAAAGAUAUGGCAACAAAAGAAGAAUUGUAUUUGGAAGAAAUAGAGAUUUUGAAAAAUAAAUUAAAUUAAAAAAAGUCUUCUGUUAAAGAGAAAGUAUUAUUAAUUAAUUUAAAUUUUUAGGAGUUAAGAUAAAAAUUAAUUGAUUUAGAAGUGAAAUUGUAAGAUUGGGACGAUAAUUUGGAUCGAUGUAAAUAAUUAGAAUAUGAAAACUAAUGUCUUUAAAGUAAAAUAAAGUAAUUGGAGAAAUAAAUUCAAAGAAAAGAAGAAAAAGAGAGAAGAUUGAGAGAUGAAUGGAAUAAAUAGUAUUAAGAUUUGUAAACUGAAGUUAAAGUAUAGAGUAAAUGUAAUUUAGUAUUGGAAAAAUGAAAUGGAUAAAGUCAUAAUGGAAAACAAUCUUGUUCUUUCUAAAAUAACUCCAUCCAAAAAAAAAUAUUGA